AUGUCGAAGAUAUCCAAGGUCAACCAUGCGGCCGGCAUCUUCGCUGACAUCUCCGUCGAUGGCCCAAUUAUCGGUACCUUGGUCUGUAUCAUUGACCGAGCCAAAAACCUCCCCAAUCGUAAGACGAUGGGAAAGCAGAAUCCCUAUGCUGCAGCACGAUUGGGCAAAGAAGCAAAAAAGACACAGACAGAUUUACGAGGAGGACAGACUCCCCGAUGGGACUCUGAACUUCGAUUUACUGUACAUGAAUCUCCAGAUUAUUUCAAGCUCAAGGUUUCUGUUUUCAAUGAUGAUAAGAAGACCGAUCUGAUCGGUGAGACCUGGGUUGACUUGCAGAACUUGAUCAUUCCGGGUGGAAGCCAGAAUGAUCACUGGCAUCCGCUCCAGUACCGCGGCAAGUACGCAGGAGACAUCCGAAUUGAGAUGACAUACUACGAUACUCGAGAACAAGACGAGGUCGUGAUUGAACGCCGACAGGAAGCCGCUGACAGAGUCCAAGGCAAACCCCCAAGUACUCCUAGCAGUACGGGUUUGUCCGGUCCUCGACAAUUGAAAGAUGUCAAGCGACGACCUUUGCCAAGUGGGCCUUCAGUAGCCCCGGCAAGGCCGGCUCCUCUGGAACAAGUUCAAUCUGCUCCGCUUCACCACCCAGUCCCGUCAAGACCCGCCAUUCCCGAGCAUUCCAACACCCUCCCUAGUGCUCCUGACGCCGCCACCUAUGUCCCGAGACAUUCGGAACCUAUCUAUGAGGCUCCGUCUUAUCGUGCACCUUCGCCUGUGGCGGGUCCCUCUCGUGGUGGGUACAAUAGUACCGAAAACUACCCUCAGAAAUGGGAUACACCUGUUGUUGCUCCUCUUCGCCGACAAAAUCCACAGGAGAUGUCUUAUACCUCCAAUGAAGUUAUCGAACCAUCGUACGACGCGCGUAUGCAACAACAGCAGCAACAGCAAUAUGAGCAGCAACAGAAAUACGAGCAACAACAGCAAUACGAGCAGCAGCAAAAGCAAAAGCAACAGAUGCAACAGCAACAGAUCAAGCAGCAACAAAUACAACAGCAGCAGAUCCAGCAGCAACAGAUUCAACAGCAAAUGCGGAGUCGUUCAGAUUAUGAUCAACCACCUUCAAGAGACUAUCGGCUAGCCAGGCAAGACCAGUACGACAAUGUCCGUGAAGUAGUGCAAUACCAAUCCAUACAAUCAGAUCCAUACGCUCAGAUAGAGCAGCCGCGAUAUAAUCUAGAUCCCAUGUCCUAUGGCGGCGCACAUGCACAUGGGCCGGCAACUCCAUAUUUUGCGUCCUCCUCUUCAGCACUAGUGGAUGAUCAGAUAUACCACCAGCAUAGGGUUCGCCCUCUUCAAAUAACCGCCCAUGGUCAUGAAUAUCACCCAGAGUAUGCGGGAAUGCAGCCACGGGUAGAAGAUGAGGAUGAAGAUGGACUGCCGCCACCUCCACCAGCACACCGAUCACAAAGGGCGCAUCCUCCGUUACCCACGCCAAAGGCCUCCCCCCAACCAUAUACACCCUACACACCUCCGUCAGCUUCUCGGUCCUCGGCCACUCACCCUCCGCCGAUCAUGUCCACUCCAUCCCGCCAGGAUCGCUAUCAAGAGUCUCCUCCGAUGGGGGGCUCUCCAGCCAUGCCUGCAAGCCUCGUCGCAGGUUACGAACUAGAAGACUCUUCUGAAAGAGCCGCUCUCGAAAGAUCAGCCCGCAGAUGCAGCACACACUGGGAUGACGAGAUGAUGCUUUCUGAACCACCUGCACCGCCUCCCGUCUCAGCAUCCGUUCACUACGAUACCCCUGCCCCUGUCUAUCCUUUACGCACAUCUCCACGACCUAUUGAUCAAAGACCUACUUCUAGCAGAGGUGGUUCUGUCAGCCCUGACAUGCGAGCUGUGACUCGGAAAUCAGUCAGUCCACGGCCCUCUUCAUCUGAUGUUUGUGGUGGAUCAUCAAUACCCUUCUCGCCUGACUCCUACAUAUCUCUCAAUCCGAAUGCCUCUCGCACACCAAGUAGAGAUCCUUCGCCCGCAUUCGACUCGCCUUUGCAAGUCAGAGAUGCUGCGGUGCGUGCCAAGGCCGAAUCCUCUCGAAACAUGGAUCAGCCAAUCAUUGGUGAUGAUGGUCGUGAAAUUGACCCCUCUGAUCAUCUACCUACCGACACCUGGGCACCCGAACCAGAGAGGAAGAACCGUAAGCCUGAAGUCAUUAUCCGCUUCAAGCACUCGUCUCGACCGACCUCGAGGGGAAACGAUGCCCCCUCUUCCCGCAGUUCAGGUCCGCCUCGGGUUGGAUUUAGGACAGAAACAACUUCCUAUCCUCCGGAUCGUCCCGUUAAAUACUCACCUACCCACGUGCAAGCAAGCCCAGGGGCAAUGGUUCGCACUCCACCUCGGCCGGACUACAGCCGUGAACGAUCUGAUAGUUAUGCGCAAAGUCGGGCUUACAGCACACCCACUUCUGUUGACCGACCCCGCUCCUCCCGCAGUUCUGUCUCUCCAUCACCAGCAUCCCGGAGCCCCCUAUAUGACUACAACUCCGGUCCCCCAAUUCCGAACAAGGUUCCAAUCACUGGAGGAAGCCCGGGCUACCCUGUUAUGUCUGGCAAUCACGCUGGUAAUGUCCGCAUGGAUGCUUUGAGUCGAGAGCUGAGCACGAUUGACAUCGGCUCUGCGGUGUGCAGUCCUAAUCGGGGGGCUGUUCGCAAGUACGUACCCAGGCCAUCGGCAUCGAUAGGUUACGCUAGCUAA